GAUUGGCUGAAUCCUUCACAAAGUCUUCGGCAACAAGGCAUCGACGAAAAGGAGGUUCUGCUGCUCAGACGAAGAUAUUUCUUCUCGGACAUGAAUGUUGAUGCCAGAGAUCCUGUUCAGUUGAACUUGCUCUAUGUUCAGACAAGAUCUUUCAUUGCGGAAUUCUUUGAGCAGAAGAGACAGCAAUUAGCUAGAAUAAACCUGCUUAUCAUGUUAAUUUCGGUUGCGAAGGUCGCCUCAGCUGUUGUCUGA